UACUGUAGGCCUACGUGGUAAUAUCAUAUGUUUUUUAUAUUCUGAAUUGCUAGUAUUUACAAAACAAGAGUUAACUAUUCAGACGAUAUUUCAAAAGUUUUAAAUCUUCCUAUGAGUAAUCUCAAAGAACGUUCUCAAAUUUCUGAUAUUUAUUAAUAAUUCAAAAUCAAAUCUAAUACUUGUUUAGAGUAUUAUCCAUAAUUUUAAAUGUGAAUUGAUCUUCAAACGCCGGUUGAGGAUUCCACACAGUACUAGGCUAUAGAGCCAAGUUUGGUCAAUAUAGCUUAAAAGGUCUACGCAGUCGCCAACAUGCUAACGUCAGUGGCGUCAGUUGAAAAGCCCAUCAGCCGGGUGUCGUUGGCUGACUGGGUGGGCAAGGUGACCGACAUCAGACUGACGUGCGACAGUCGUCGUGCUGACGCAUUCGAACUUCGCAACCAGUCGCGUCAGCUCAGAAACGAAACUAACUCCAAGACAAAGUGGGACAACUAUCAUAACAAUGUCAAGCUACAGGACAGGAUAACUGAGGUGACCAGAUGGCGAGACAUAAUCCUAGAUUGUGAGUCAGAUGUGAAGAAAGAGAUAGCCGACCUCAAGCAUGAGAAAGAGUUAACUGAGGCUGAGAUCGAGUACCUCAAUUUGAGUUUCACGGUGGUGAGUGAGUGCCUCACUCAGCGGGACAAGCGAGGGGGUUCAGACCUUUGUCGUGACCCAGCUGAGGAGGAGUUGAAGAGGGAAUUGGCAGUUUUGGAGUCGCUGAAGAAAAUGCUAACCGAUAAAUGUGAGGCGGCCUGGGAGCAAACCAACCGCCUUGAAGAAAUCAAAUUCCAAUUGGAAGAGGAUUUGAGUGACAAGACUGAGACUUUGAACAUUGAUGACUUCAACUUGGGCCUGGAUGACAAUUGUGCCAACAUCAGUUACAAGCCUCACCCGUUGCGAGUUCCCAAACAGACUCUCUCGCACGACAGCUGGCUGGAGCACUGUCGAUUUCUGCAACAGCGCACCACGCACGAGCUGGCAACGUCGCAACAGCUGCGCGAGUCGAUGUUCGUGCCGCGCGAGCGCGCACGCAACGACCUGCAAGCGCAAAAUGAGGCCACCAACUAUGCACUGCGCAAGCGCAUCUAUGAGACACAGCGCAUCAAAAACGAGCUUGAAUGGCAGCGAAUUAAUAUGGUAGCAGACAUGGAGCGUCUGGUGACGGAGAUGGCCAACCUAGAGACGGCCUACCUGAAGAAGACAAACGCGCUGAAGUUGACGGAGACACGAUGCGAGAACCGUCUCUACCGACCUGGCAACGAGUUGUGUCACGACGCCCCCAUGACGGGCCUCCACGAUCAGGCCAUACAGCUCAGAAACACACAGGCUCAGUUGCAGGAGAAGAUAGACAAUGCCAGAUCGACUGCCAACGCCCUAGAAGAACAGCUGUUAGUGGUGGAUCGAGAACUAGCCAAUAAGAACCAAGCUCUCAUGACAGAUCUACAGUGCUUGGACCUCAGAGAUCGAUUGGUCACAGGCACAAGGGCCCCACCCCCCACUCAGACAGAUAGAAACAUUGUGCUUACUCGAAUUCAGAACGAAAUACCUGACGAAUAACCCUACAUAUGUGCUAGAAAAUGUCCAAAUUUCAAGUUAUGAUACCUUGAUAAAGUGCUUGUUUUGUGUAGAAAUCGAAAUUUGAAGUUCUGGUAGGUGAAAAAAAUUCCUGAUUUAUGUUGACGUCUAAAUUUGAUUCCUAAGGCUGUGCAAAGGCUAAAAAAAACAAGAAGAAGAAGGAAAAAAAGAAGAAGUAGAAGGAGAAGAAAAAGAAGAAGAAGAUAAUAAACUUUCUACUGGCGACAUUUUUCAAAGUUUUUCGAUUUGUAUUAUAAUCAAGCUAUUACACUGAAAAAGGUUUCUCAGGAAAACAUUUUUUUCCCGAUCAUUACUUUUUGAGAUAUGAGCGCCUAA